UGGAGGUUCUAUCCCAAUGUCCUAGUCCAAGCCGAUCUACAACUUUCAUUUCGCUCCACUUUCUUAUGAAAUCCAACAGCCAUGUCUACUAGCUUCUGCUGCUGCUCUCAUUUUUCAGCGCCAAACUUGAAUCGUCUUCACUCCAACUCCAAAACCCUCCAUUUCUUUUCUUCAAAUGGAUGCCAUCAACCUUUCCCUUCAUCGCAACGCUUCCCACGUACAUCUAUCUUCUCUUCCUCCAAAUCCUCCUCCGCUGACAACAAUAACAGCAACUUCUGUAUUAUAGAAGGUCCAGAUACUGUUCAAGAUUUUGUUCAGAUGCGUCUGAAAGAAAUCCAAGAUAAUAUUCAGAGUAGGCGCAAUAAGAUAUUUCUUCUCAUGGAAGAGUUGAGGAGAUUGAAGGUACAGCAACGCAUAAAGAGUUUGAAAGUUAUUGAUGAAAGCGGCGAGGAAGAGGCGGAUGAGAUGCCUGAUAUCCCAUCAUCUAUUCCUUUUCUUCCUCGUGUGACGCCAAAGUCCUUGAAGCAGCUGUACCUGACUAGCCUGUCAAUUAUAUCAGGGAUCAUUGUAUUUGGAGGCCUUAUUGCACCAACACUGGAGUUGAAAGUAGGCUUAGGGGGCACCUCAUAUGAAGAUUUCAUAUGCAGUGUGCACCUACCACUGCAAUUGAGUCAGGUUGAUCCAAUUGUGGCAUCCUCUUCAGGCGGGGCAGUGGGUGUCAUUUCCGCUUUGAUGUUAAUUGAAGCUAAUAAUGUUAAGCAACAAGAGAAGAAAAGGUGUAAAUAUUGCCAUGGAAGUGGAUACUUGGCUUGUGCCCGAUGUUCUGCAAGUGGGGUGUGCUUGUGCAUUGAUCCCAUCUCAGUAUCUGGUGCCUCUGAUCAGCCUCUGCAAGUGCCCACUACACAACGAUGUACUAACUGCUCUGGUGCUGGAAAGGUGAUGUGCCCAACAUGCUUGUGUACAGGUAUGAUGAUGGUAAGUGAGCAUGAUCCCCGCAUAGAUCCAUUCGAUUGAAGAGAAUAAAUGUCUCUCUAUUGAAGCAGUGUAUUAUAUUUGUAGUCACUGUAUCUAAAGAACAAAUUCUGAUCCAACAACAAAACCUAAAACUAUAUAGGAACUGAAAUUUCUAUUCCUGUUCUUAGAAAAAGAAAGAUAGAUUAAAUGAGUUGGAUGAGAGCACAUAAGAAGAAUGAGCCUAUCUUAAAUUCAGUCUGUAACCAUUCAUGUAUGUUUUACAGCCGCAAUGUGGAGAAUCAAUUGUGAUUUUAAUGGAGAGAAAAUGGAAAUUGUUGUUGAA